AUGAUCGACUACAAGGGCAUCGAUGUGUACGCCUGCGGCCCGUGGUGCCAGGGUCCGAUGAACCUCCACGCCCUGCGAAUCCUGGAAGGAUGCGACCUGCAGGGGAUGGGGCACAAUUCGGCCGAUUACAUCCACACCGUGCUGGAGGCGCUGAAACUCGCGUUCUCAGACCGCCACGCCUACUACGGCGACCCCGACUUCGUUGACGUACCAAUGGACGGCCUGCUGUCCCGCGAGUACGCGGAUCUCCGCCGCCGCGAGAUCGAUCCCAACCGGGCAAAUCCCGAGAUGCCGGACGCCGGCAAUCCCUGGGCGCACCAGGCCGGGACUGGCCGCGCCGCCAGCAAGCCCGAACCGGUAGCCGGCCCGCUGUCGGCCGACACAUCGUACAUCUGCGCCGUCGACCGAUGGGGUAACGCCUUCUCGGCCACGCCAAGCGAUGGCUUUGGCGGCGCGCCAAUUGCUCCCGGUUUGGGAUUCAUGGUGUCGGCCCGCGGGGCGCAGAACUGGCUGGACGAAGACCACCCCAGCAGCCUUGCUCCCGGCAAGCGCCCCCGCCUGACGCCAAACCCGGCCAUGGCGUUCAAAGACGGCAAACCGUGGCUCCCAUUCGGCACGCCAGGCGGAGACGUCCAGCCCCAGUCCAUGGUGCAGCUGUUCCUCAACAUCGUCGAGUUCGGCAUGGACGUGCAGCGUGCGAUUGAAGCGCCACGGGCCUCAACGUGGAGCUUCCCCAACUCCUUCUUCCCACAUGCCUAUCGCCCUGGUCUCGUGGGCAUCGAGUCGCGCAUCGAUUCGGGCGUGGUCGACGAACUCCGCAAGCGCGGCCACGACGUGGACGUGUGGAACGAAUGGACCCCAAGGAUGGGUUCCCUGUCAGCUAUCGAAAUCGACCGGGAACGGGGCACCCUCUCGGGCGGCGCCGACCUUCGGCGCGACGGCUAUGCAAUGGGACGGUAG